CAGCCACAAUACAAAAAUCAAACAAAAACCGGGGCGGGGCAAAGGAGCUACAAUUACGCAAGAGAAUUUGUUUCCAAAGUUUGCUCAAAGUUCGCAAGACUGGGUGCAUUUUCUUCUGUCGGCAGAGGAGUAGGAAAUGCCCCUGGAGAAGGACGUUUUCAAACGUCUGUUGAUUCUGGAAGAUGGGCAUUAUGGAGUUAUUCUCACCAAUGGCAAUCGCCGUCCUGGGAAGCUGUGUUCUUUGCUUACUCUCUUGGUGGAAGAAUUUGCGUGGACCCCCGUGCAUCCAGGGUUGGAUUCCCUGGAUCGGAGCUGGAUUUGAGUUUGGGAAAGCCCCUCUUGAAUUUAUAGAAAAAGCAAGAGUUAAGUAUGGACCAGUAUUUACCAUCUUUGCUAUGGGAAACCGAAUGACCUUUGUUACUGAAGAAGAAGGAGUCGAUGUGUUUCUAAAAUCUAAAAAUGUAGAUUUUGAAUUAGCAGUACAAAGUCCUGUCUAUCACACAGCAUGGAUUCCAAAGAAAAUCUUCUUUGCACUGAAUGAAAAACUAUAUAUCUUGUUGAAAGGGAAGAUGGGACCUCUCAACACACAGCACUUUACUGGGCAGCUGACUGAAGAAUUUCAUGAUCAACUGGAAGGUUUAGGUACUCAUGGAACAAUGGACCUGAAUGACUUUGUAAGGCAUCUAUUUUAUCCAGCCACACUCAGUACUCUCUUUAUGAAAGGGUUGUUUUUCACAGACAAGAGGAAAAUCAAGGAAUUCUACCAGCAGUUUAAAGCCUAUGAUGAGGGCUUUGAGUAUGGCUCCCAGCUGCCAGGAUGGCUUCUGAGAAAGUGGUCAAAAUCUAAAAGAUGGCUCCUAGCACUGUUUGAGAAAAAUAUUGAAGACAUAAAAGCACAUGAAUCUUCAGGCCAUUCUGGAACCCUCUUUCAGGCCAUGUUGGAAAUCGUGGAGAUGAAAACACGUCAAUACAGUCCAAAUUACGGACUGCUCAUACUUUGGGCUGCUCUGGCCAAUGCUACUCCUAUUGCAUUCUGGACACUUGCAUAUAUCCUGUCUCAUCCUGAUGUCCACAGGACUAUUCUAGAAAGCAUAUCCUCUGUGUUUGGCACUGCAGGUGCUGGAGAUCUGAUCGCACGUCCCUGUUUGCAUGGUAAAGACAAGAUUAAGGUGUCUGAAGAUGACUUGAAGAAGCUCCUUCUAAUUAAGUGGUGUAUUCUGGAAUCCAUCCGUUUGAGAGCCCCUGGUGUCAUUACUAGAAAGGUAGUGAAGCCAGUUAAGAUUCUGAAUCACACAGUUCCUUCUGGUGACUUGCUGAUGUUGUCUCCAUUCUGGCUACACAGAAAUCCAAAGUAUUUUCCCGAACCUGAGUCAUUCAAGCCUGAACGCUGGAAAGAGGCAAAUUUAGAUAAGCACAUUUUCUUGGACUACUUCAUGGCAUUUGGAGGUGGGAAGUUCCAGUGUCCCGGAAGGUGGUUUGCUCUUUUAGAGAUUCAACUUUGUAUUAUCUUAGUGCUUUAUAAAUAUGAGUGCAGUCUUCUGGACCCAUUACCAAAGCAGAGCUCUCUACAUCUGGUGGGUGUCCCCCAGCCAGCAGGGAGGUGCCGAAUUGAAUAUAAACAAAGAGCUUGACCUUCGUUGGGACUCAAGAGAUUCAGAACCUUCUAGAGGAGUGAAGUUACCCAACCAGCUACUAUCAUCCCAGCACCUCGACCUGAAGACGUCCUAGUGGCACACGCGUUUCAAAUCUGAAGACCGUGCACCAGAUUUCACUGGCAGGAGCACAGAAAUCUCCAUUCAAAGUUUACAGAAAGGGUUCAGAUGAUUUUGAAAAAGUUGAUAAAACAUCGGAAUUUGGCUUUGUACAUAGCCAUAUCAAAACUUUAAAUAGAAAUGUCACUUUAAUAGAAAUAUUGGUAUAUUAAAUUCACUGUGAAGACAACAUACUUAAAAAUUCUUUUGCAAAAGAACUACAGUUCGAGACACUGAAGAAUUAGACCAUUUCUAGAUGUUUUGUAUUUUUAAAAUAUGAUACUUGACUAGACCUGCAGCCAUACCUGGUGCUCAGAAAUGUGGAUAAAACAGUGUUUUAUGACACUGGUGGGGACAGGUUCCCUUGCUGCAUUUAUUCCUGCACUCUGUUAUACCCAGGGAAGCAUCUUCCUGUUGGGGAUAGUUAAUCAUUGUACAUCAAUUUGUAUUUUAGUUAAGGGGGAAACACUCUUUUGACUCAAAGUAUCUUUACUUAUAGUUUGACAGAGACAAUAUUUUUACUCUUGUUAUGCCAUGUCUUUGGGAUGUCCCUGGGAGACCUGCUCCCUUCCAAAAUGAAGCAGAGAUGCAGUGGAGAGGGAAGGUGGGGAGGGAGUUGGGGGAGGGGAACUGGGGUUGGAAUGCAUUGUAUGAGAGAUGAAUAAAUAA